AUGAAGCUGUUUAUUCUUGUAGCCUCUCUAUGCCUGACUUUGAGCACAGUCUCCUCAAGUCUUCAACCAUACGAGGCAAUUUUCAACUUCGGCGACUCCCUUAGUGACACCGGAAAUUUCCUCCUCUCUGGUGCCCUUGCAUUCCCAGUCAUCGGAAAGCUCCCUUAUGGAGAGACCUUUUUUCGACAUGCAACCGGCCGGUGUUCCGAUGGACGACUUGUCGUUGAUUUCAUUGCUGAGGCACUUGGGUUGCCACAUUUGCCACCCUACCUGGCACUAAGCAAAGGCCAAGAUGUGAAGCAUGGAGUGAACUUUGCUGUUGCUGGAGCCACUGCGCUUGACCCACAAUUCUUCUACCAAAGAAAAAUCGGAUCCGUUCUGUGGACAAACGAUUCCUUGAGCACUCAGCUUGGUUGGUUCAAGAAGCUUAAGCCCUCACUUUGCACCACCAAACAAGAGUGUGACAACUACUUCAAAAAGGCUCUGUUUCUGGUGGGGGAGAUAGGUGGAAACGAUUACAACUAUGCCUUCUUUGUUGGUGGAAACAUUAAACAGCUCAAAGCCUCUGUCCCAUUUGUUGUUGAAGCAAUUACUCAAGCCACCAGUGCAUUGAUAGAGGAAGGAGCAGUGGAGUUGGUGGUGCCCGGAAACUUGCCGAUUGGGUGCUCAGCUGUGUAUCUGACUCUGUUUCGAAGCCCCAACGAAGCUGUUUAUGAUAAACGAAAUGGGUGUUUGAAGGCGUUCAAUGGUUUCUCCAAGUACCAUAACAGUGAGCUCAAGCGUGCCCUGGGGGCACUUAGACUAAAAUACCCUCAUGCAAGGAUUAUAUAUGCUGACUACUAUGGUGCAGCCAUGCCUUUUUACCAUGCCCCUCAGCAUUAUGGGUUUAAAAGUGGGACAUUAAGGGCUUGUUGUGGAGGGGGAGGGCCAUACAACUUCAAUAAUUCAGCAAGGUGUGGGCACAUUGGAUCAACAGCCUGUAAAGAUCCAUCUUCCUUUGCAAACUGGGAUGGAAUUCACUUAACAGAAGCAGCUUAUGGGCACAUUGCCAAGGGCUUGAUCCAUGGCCGUUUUGCCACACCCCUCUAG